GUCACAACCGGAGGAAACAGCUGCGUAAAGACGCACGAGGAGGCUUAUUAUUGACCGUAACAGAGAGAAAUAGCAAUGACAGCGCGAGCUGGCGAGAAGAGGUGAAUAUAUAAACAUUUUGAAUUAUUUGGGAUCAAGUUUGAGCGCACAGGAGGUAACACACGGAGCUGACGCGCGCUUGGAGAAGUCACUCCUCGGUGAACCCACGUGCUGCUGAUCUGCUGCUGCCUAAAGAUGGGAGGAGAUGAUCACAGAUAACUGCAGGAAAAAAAUUCACAACAAAGCAAAAAAACUGAAUUUGCGACUGAAAUCUUCCUCAGAAACUAAUUAAAAAAGCAUAAAAAAAACGAACAAUGGCAUCCUAUAGCCCCGCCCCGACGCAAGAGGCAAAUAAUGGCGGGCCCCCUUCUGUGAAAUCUGAAGGCUCGGGGGAGUCCAUGAAGCUAAAGAAGGAGAUCUCCCUACUAAACGGCGUCUGCCUCAUCGUCGGGAACAUGAUCGGCUCUGGGAUCUUCGUCUCCCCUAAGGGCGUGCUCAUCCACAGCGCCUCCUACGGGCUCUCUCUGGUGGUGUGGACCGUCGGCGGGAUCUUCUCUGUGUUCGGGGCGCUGUGCUAUGCCGAGCUGGGGACUACCAUCACCAAGUCGGGCGCCUCCUACGCGUACAUCCUGGAGGCUUUUGGGGGUUUCCUGGCGUUCAUCCGUCUGUGGACGUCGUUGCUGAUCAUAGAGCCGACCAGCCAGGCCGUCAUCGCCAUCACGUUCUCCAACUACAUGGUGCAGCCCAUAUUUCCCACCUGUAUAGCGCCAUAUGUGGCCAACAGGCUGCUGGCAGCUGCUUGUAUAUGUUUGCUGACCUUUGUGAACUGCGCCUAUGUGAAGUGGGGCACCAGGGUCCAGGACUUCUUCACGUACGCCAAGGUCAUCGCCCUCAUCGCAGUCAUCAUCACCGGCCUGGUGAAGAUUGGACAAGGUCACACACAGAACUUCGAGGGCCUGUUUGACGGCUCCUCUCAAGAUCCGGGAGACAUCGCUCUGGCUCUGUACUCGGCUCUCUUUUCCUACUCGGGAUGGGACACCCUCAACUUUGUCACAGAGGAGAUCAAAAACCCAGAGAGGAAUCUGCCGCUGGCCAUCGCCAUCUCCAUGCCCAUCGUCACCGUGAUCUACAUCCUCACCAACGUGGCCUAUUACACCAUCCUGCCCAUGAACGCAAUCUUAGACAGUGAUGCUGUAGCUGUGACGUUUGCAGACCAGGUGUUUGGUGUCAUGAACUGGACUAUUCCCCUCGCUGUGGCUCUUUCCUGCUUCGGAGGACUCAACGCCUCCAUCCUGGCUUCCUCCAGGCUGUUCUUCGUGGGCUCCAGAGAGGGCCACCUGCCCGACUACCUGUGCAUGAUCCACGUGCACCGCUACACUCCCGUCCCCGCCCUGCUCUUCAACGGCAUCAUGGCUCUGAUCUACCUGUGCGUAGAAGACGUCUUCAGGCUGAUUAACUACUACAGCUUCAGCUACUGGUUCUUUGUUGGUCUCUCUAUUUUGGGGCAGCUGUAUCUGCGCUGGAAGCAGCCGGACAGAAAGAGACCUCUAAAGCUCAGUCUCUUUUACCCCAUCAUCUUCUGCAUCCUCACCAUCUUCCUGGUGGUGGUGCCGCUCUACAGCGACACCAUCAACUCUCUGAUCGGCAUCGGCAUCGCCCUGUCAGGAGUGCCCGUUUACUUCCUCUGCUGCUACACGCCGGCUAACAAGAGGCCACUGUGGCUACGGAGCGCCAUUGCUAAAUCCGGCAUCCUCAUCCAGAAGGUGUGCUUCUCCGUUCUGACUGAAAUGGACAAAGAAGAGUAGAAGUUUGCUUUUAACACCCUGACGGAGACCGACGACGCACAAACGUAGAACCUGAGCUCAUCCUGGCCCGCCGCUGCCGCCACGAGGCCUCGAUGGAUGAAGCAUUUGGGCUCGAGCUGGACGCAGCUCUCUGACCUGUGGACCAUCACUCAUCGUGUUAAUGAACGUGUGAACGACGGUGCUUUUUGGCAACAUUUCACUCCAGCUGACUUCAGAGGGAACAUUUUAAUGCACUCCUGAAGAAAUCAACACCUCUAUCACAGAACAUUAACAGAAUUAUUUAAAUUAUGUCAAGACACAUCAAUGUUAUACCUUUUUGAUUUUACUGGAAGGUGGAAAAUUAUUAUUAUUAUUAUGGCUUAAUGUAA